ACAAACUCAGAAAGUGUCCACGAUCGCAGAUUCAGUAUCCAGAAGAGGUACGUACAGAACUACAAUGGUGGAUGGAGAAUAUCAAUCAGAAGUCAGCGAUUCAUCUCCAAAGAAUGCCGACGAACCACGUCAUCACCGACGCGUCGGACAUUCAAUGGGGAGCCCUGGUGAACAACGAUAUGAUAAAAGGCCUAUGGGAGCAACACCAGACAAAAUGGCAUUGCAAUCUGAAGGAAAUGUAUGCUGUGAUAGCCGCUAUAUCAGCCAAAGCAAAGGUGCUCCAGAAUUCUACAGUGAUUCUUCAGAGCGACAACAAAACAGUCGUGUCUUAUAUAAAAAACGAAGGAGGAACACGAUCACGUCAAUUGCUAGAUCUGACCCAACAGCUGCUGGAACUAGUGGACCACCUCAACAUUGUGCUCCGGCCUCACCACCUACCAGGCCUGUGCAACACCGAAGCAGAUCACCUCUCACGAAAUCGCGUCGCCGCCGAGUGGCACCUCACAGGCGAGGAAACAUCGAGACUGUUCGGCAUGUGGGGCACGCCAGACCUAGACCUCUUUGCGUCACAGACAGCACAUGUCGUAGCAAACUAUGUUUCGCUAGACUUGUCAGACUCGAACGCUUACUUUCACGACGCGUUCAGCAGAUCCUGGCACUACCGACUUGCAUGGCUGUUCCCGCCGCCCAGCCUAAUACCCAGGGUACUGGAUCACCUCAAUUCAGCCUCAGGUCAGUACAUUCUCGUAGCACCCAAGUGGACGAAGUCUUUUUGGAGGCCAGACCUGAAGAAUCGAGCUCUAAAACGUCCCGUAAAACUCAGAAAUCUGGAAAAGACGCUGGUGGACACGGCGACAAUGCUACCGCCGGCACAAGUCGGAAAGUUACACCUGGAAGCCUGGCUCAUUUCGGGUGGGAUGCCCUGACGGAUACAUGGACGCCGCAAGAGAAACAGUUAUUGUCAUCGUGUUGGAGGCAGUCUACAAUAAAGACUUAUGCCCCUAUUUGGAGUAGAUGGGUGAGAUUUUGUCAAGAAAAUAGCAUUAAUUUUCGUUUACCGGAACCAGUAAAUGUAGCUAGGUAUCUCGGUUAUCUAUUUUUAAACGAUGGUCUCUCUUACAGAACGAUUCUUGUUCAUAAAUCAGUUAUUGCAUCCGUUUGUGAAACAAUAUCUGAGGUUAAAAUUACUGCAAACCCGAUAGUAAAACAUAUACUGAAAGCUAUUUCCUUGGCAAGACCGGCGCCCUCUCAAUUACCGAUUUGGGAUGCAAGGAUUUUGAUUAGAUUCUUAAAGAGUUGCAAUAUAAAUUUAAAUAGUUUAUAUCAAGUAUCUAGACACACAGCUGCUAUUUUACUAUUAUCUUCUGGCCGUAGAGUACACGAUCUUACACUUUUACAUACUGAUAGUCAACAUUUUAUAGAUAACACUGAUUCUAUUACCUUGCACCCCGUUUUCGGGUCGAAAACUGACUCAUCCUCAUAUCAAAAAUCUAGCUGGACAUUUUUGGCCGCACCGGAAAAAAGCAUCGAUGCAGUAUAUUGGUUACGUAGACUAGUAAAUAUGACCCAAGGGACCUGGGAAAAUAUUACUAAUUUAUUCUUAGCAACUAAAAGUCCUACAAGGCCAGCUACUGCAGCUAUGAUUGGUGGUUGGAUAAAGAGGCUUCUAGCUGAUGCAGGUAUUCAGGCUUCAGCUGGAAGCUGUAGAUCAGCAGUCUCAUCUUUAAAUUGGAUAGAAAACUACCAUAUUAAUGAUAUCAUA